AAUAUCGGGCAAAAUCUUGCAUAGCGGCCGGGCAAGGGCUCGUAAAAGCCCGCCAUAUGCCUAAGCUGACCUCAAAUUGCGGUCUUUUUGAGCACGGUUAUAGUGCUGGUCAUAUAGAUCCUUUUUCGUCGAACAGUUGUUCUUGUUGUUGUUGUUAUAAAAAAAGAUUUACUUUGACCGUUCCAGCUUGUUAACGUUGACAUGUCCCUGCCAGUUUCGGUUGCAUCAAGCCACUACGGUGUUAUCGAGCAGGCUCGGGUAAAAAAGCUACGCUUAGAUUCAACAGAAUACUCACGUUCGGGUUCAACAGCCACGCUUUUUAUCUGAUGCUCUUUUCCACACCGUUUACCCAUAGCGGGUUUUAGCAAUUGUUGUUUGGCUGCGUUGAUUCCCUUCUCCUCGUUCUUUAAAUAACAUGAUCUUCGCUAUCGUUUUCGAAGAGAUUUUAUGUUAUAUUAAGGAAAGAAAAGUUAUGUUAUGUUUAGGGUAAGCUUUGGAGGGAGUCUCAGAGUUUGUUCCCGUUUGUAGUUUUACAACUCACAAUGUGGCUACAGUAAUAAUUUCCUCAGUUUUAAUUCUUCUGCAUUGCUUAUAUUAUAGAUGCUACCAAUAGUCAUAUCUGUAAUAAAGUUGCGGUUAGAAUGAAGAAUUGGCUGAUUUUCGUUGUUUCUUUCUGUUUGGUUGUGAUAUGCAAAGGACAAGUUACCUGGCAUCAACUUGGUUACGAGUAUUAUAUUUACACUGGUGUUGGGGUUAACUACCAAGCUGCAGUUAGUGCGUGUACUUCAAUGAGCGCUACACUUGCUCGCAUUAAAACUAAACAAGUUCAAGAUUUUCUGAUGGAGAAGUUAAAAUUGUUGAAUCCAGGUGUCAUACGGGCAGUUUUCUACAUUGGGUUGAAACGAAUCGAUUCAAGUUCAACAGGAUUCCAGUGGAAUGACGGAACGAUGGUGACGUCAGGUUAUACGAAUUGGCGUUCUGGUGAACCAAAUAAUGCGGGUGGGAAUGAAAAUUGCGUCGAGCUGGUUUAUGCAACCAUCAGUUCUUUAUGGCAUGGCAAAUGGAACGAUGUACCUUGUUCAGCGAAUGGGCGAUACAUAUGUGAACGUAGAGUAGUUACCUGGCAUCAACUUGGUACGAACGAGUAUUAUAUAGGCACUGGGUAUGCUAACUACCAAGCUGCAGUUAGUGCGUGUACUUCAAUGAACGCUACACUUGCUCGCAUUAAAACUAAACAAGUUCAAGAUUUUGUGCUGGAGAAAAUAAAAUUGUUCAAUCAAGCUUCGGGCUAUUAUUACAUUGGGUUGACACGAAUCGAUGCAAGUUCAACAGGAUUCCAGUGGAAUGAUGGGACGGUAGUGACGUCAGGUUAUACGAAUUGGCGUUCUGGCGAACCGAAUAAUUGGGGUGGAAAUGAAAAUUGCGUUGUGCUUUACUAUACGUUCAUUUAUAAAGACCGUGACAAAUGGAAUGAUGCGCCUUGUUCCUGGACUGAGCGAUACAUAUGUGAACGUAGAGUAGAAAAAGACACAACGACCCAACAACAAACACCAAGAGACACACAGAGGGCCUCCACAACAACAACAAACAACGAUCCACUAGAACAAAUGAGAGCAAAAUGUGAAUUCUCAACAAUCCAUGUCGUCCUAUACUUAUUAGGAAGUAUUGUUGGAACGAGCGUCGUAUUUAUUAUUGGAAUCUGGAUUUACUGUAAGACACGAAGAAAAAAUGGCGUCAUUGCACCCCCUCCCCCACAACAAGAGCUGCAUCUUGAACCGAUCCUUCCAGAUCAUGGCGACGGUUAUGACCCAGUGUUCACGAACCCUUCAGAUGACGGAUAUUUGCAGCCAUUGCCACGACGCACCAGUGAGGCGUCGCACUCAACGGAAAGGGCGUACGAAUCAAUUGAUGAUUCUGAAAAUCCAGAACUGCCAUAGAGAGGCAUUGGAGCAACAGGGAAUGGGCAAAUGUCAUAACCGACAAAACUCUAGCCCAAUAAAUCGGGAAAUGCCCUUUCCCCCAGAACUGUUUAUAUAGAUUGCUAAUGGAAUUCUAUAAGGGCACGGUCUUCAGAGAAGCACAUCUGGGAUUUAGGUUUAUUACCCAAACACCCAGGGUGCUACCGUCUAGAGUCUAGACAACAAUGAGGCAGUUUAUGGACACUCAAUAAUAGAGACUGUAUUCUAAAAGAGUGAGGUCUUAAGUGGGGCACACCUGAGACCUGGGAUGUAGGUCUAUUACUCUAACACCCAGGGUAAAACCGCUACUUACAAAUUGACAAUUUACUACAUUGGGAACAAUUUUUAGGUCCAGCGCAAUAGAACAAGCUACAGUAUGGGUCUUGCGAAAAACCCAUAUCCCGAGCUUGAAUAUUUGUCCAUAAAUAACCAAUGAUCGC